AUGUCUGGCAGCAGCAGCGCCGCCGCCUCGCCUCCGGCACAGCCCCCUCCGCCGCCACCUCCUCCGCCGCCGCCUCCUCCGCCGGAGCCGCAGCCCCAGCCCCCGCCGCCGUUGCCUCAGUCGCCCUCGGCCACCGCCGAGCCCGAGCUGGUCUCACUCAUCCUCAACCGCCUCAAGAGCCAAGGCCUCUUCGACCAGUUCCGCCGAGACUGCCUGGCCGAUGUCGACACCAAGCCGGCGUAUCAGAACUUAAGGCAACGUGUGGACAACUUUGUUUCCAAUCAUCUGGCAACUCAUACAUGGAGUCCUCACUUGAACAAGAACCAACUAAGAAACAAUAUUAGACAACAAGUUCUCAAAUCUGGAAUGCUAGAAUCUGGGAUUGACAGAAUUAUUUCUCAAGUUGUGGAUCCAAAGAUCAACCAUAUAUUCAGACCACAAGUGGAAAAGGCAGUCCAUGAGUUUUUAGCCACAUUAAAUCACAAAGAGGAGACCAGUCCCAGCAUAGCACCACCUGAAGAAAAGCCAGAUGUUUCUGUUUUGAUGCAAGGGGUUUCUUCUACCAUUCCAAGUGCAAGUGUAGCUAAUGAUGCAAUGUCCAUUUUGGAAACAAUAACAUCUCUAAAUCAAGAAGCAAAUGCGGCCAGGGCUUCCACAGAAGCAGCAAAUGUAAAGACCAAUGACAGAAUUUCAAAAAGAGUCCUGUCACAACUGAGUGUGGAUGGCACUACUGAGAAAGACCGAAAUACUGAUGUUCUGCUAGAUGAAGAGAAACCACCUUAUAAUUCUAUGGAAGAAAGCUUUGAAUCCGUAGCAAACAGUGAAGAUGUAACUAAUUUGUUUUCUUCCAGCGAAGAAGGGAAAACUGUAUCAAAAGAUAUGAUCAAUGUGGUUAACCCAGUCAAGGAAAUUGUGCAGGAAAGUGAGGAACAGAAAAGUAAACCGAUUGAUAAAUAUGAUAAAAAGCCUGAACAUUUAGAGAAAGGAGAGAAGAGAAAAGAGAAAAAAGAAAAACCUGAGAAAAAGUUGGAUCUCUCUAAAAAGGCUGGUGAUGAUUUAAAAGGAAAAGAAGAAAAGACAGAAAAAGACAAGGAGACAGAAUUGUUAAAAUGUUUAGUUCUUGAAAAGAGCAGCAGUAAACACAAAGGAAAUGGAAGUACAAAAGAAGCUUUGGAAGAUUCUGAUAUAGAUGUACUCAGUGAUAUUACUGUUAGCUCUGUGCACACCAGUGACCUUUCUUCCUUUGAAGAAGAGAGUGAAGAUGAAGUUGCACUUUCUGACAGCACAGAAGAAGGAGAGAUUGUUUCCGAUGAUGAAGAAAAGGAACAGAAUCAGGUUAAAACACAAUCUGAGGCUGGCAUGUCUGAUGAUAAGAAACUAAAGUCUGGACGCCAUGCUUAUGUCCAUAAGCCUUAUCUUUACUCCAAGUAUUAUAGUGAUUCUGAUGAUGAGCGGACUGUGGAGCAGCGUCGCCUUUCAGUAGCUAAAGAAAAAGAAGAAAGGCUCCUAAAGAGGCAUCUCAACAGAGAAAAACUUGAAGAGAAGCGGAAACAGAAAGCUGCAGAAAAAACAAAAAUGUUGAAAACUGGAAAUCAAGUUAAAAGCAUUCAGAACUUAGAAGAGUCUUCAAGCAAAGGCCUUGAACAAAAAGCCAGUGGUGCCAGCAUUAAGGAUGCACUUAAGGAACAACGGUUUUUGGAAAAGAAAGCAGCCUUAAGCAGGAAAAGAAAGAGAGAGUCAAGACAUGAUGAAGAAGGCAGAAAGAAAAAACACGAACAACCUGAGGAAGACCUUGAAGAGCCUCUGAAAAUAAAUGAAAGUGGUGAAAAGGCAAAAGAAGUGAAGGCCAGCCAAGGGAAAACUGAAGGGAAUAAACUUGUUAAAAAACUUCCUGAGUCAGUGCAUAUAACUGAUGAAAAUAGAAGUGAUUCCAAAAUAGAAAAAGAACACAAAAGAAAAACAUCUAGUUCUUUCCAAAUGGAGGGAAUACAACAAGAUGGUGAACUAUGUGAUACCAAGUCUCAGAUUGACAAAGCAGAGAAUAAUCCAGAAGAAUCUCAGAAGCAGAGAACAGUAUUUAAAACGGAAAAACAUAUUAAAAAGGAUGAUUCAGAAACUCAAAAUGUUAAAACUGUACCCAAGAAAGAGGCUAGAUCAUCAAAAGAUAGAAAUGAAAAAGAGAGAAGUAUUUCUGAAGAUAAAUCAUUAAUAAAGCAUAAAUAUAAAGGAGAUGGUGUUCAUAAAACAGCUGAAGAGGUAGAAUGUUUGCCAUCUCAGAGAGGUUUAAAGAGCGAAGAGAAUUUCCAGAAGUAUAAUCAACUGUUGAGGACUUUGUCAGAUGAUAAAGCUGAAAGGAAGAACAAGCAUAGAAGUGAAAGGAAAACAUCAGUAAGCAGCAAAGAUGUGAAAACAGUUUCUGAUCAUACUUCCAGAAAUGAAGAGAAUACACGCAAAGAGAGCAACAGAAAAGACAGACCAGCUUCCACAGAUAAAUUGAGAACAGAACACAAAUCCAAAAGAUUGUUAAGUGAUUCUAGGCCACCGAAAGAAUCUCAGAGUAUAUCAAAGCAACAUAGUUCUGCAACAUCAAGGAAGAGUGAAAGUUCUUCUGAGGAUAAGCAUGAUGCAGACUCAAGUAAUUUAGAUAACAAUUUAAAGCAAAGUGACAGUAUACAAAAAGACAGACGAAAAUCAAAGAGUGCAUCGGAAGAAAGGUUGUCAUUAAAAUCAAAGUCCAAGAGCCAUAGCAAAGUAAUCAAAGUACCUGAAAAUGAAUCACAAAACAGUUCCUCUAAGCAGGAAUCUGUACAAAAAUUGGACAAAGAUAAGAAUACAGAAGAGAAUGAUAUAGAUAAGCAGGGGAAAUCUAGAAGUGAAAUUAAAGUAUUUGAAGAAAAUUCUAUAGAAUUGGAACUUGAAAGUGAAGCACAUUCUGUUAGUAGUUCCCAAAAAGAUUUUAGUCAUAGAUUUAAGUCAGCAGAAAAAUCAUCUGUAAAAGAGAAAACUAAGAGUGAUAAAGAUCUAGGCAGUGCCAGACUGGAAAAGAAAUUAUCAGCAGAAGGUCACAAAAGUAGAAGCGUGAGGCACGUUAGUAAAGAAACAAAAAAGAGAGAAAAUGACAACAAACCAGUGGACAAAAGUGUUAAGCAAACAGAGAAUUAUACAAAGAUGCAAGAAAAUAGUCCAUACACUGAUAAAAGACUUACUAAAAGAAUAUCUAGUGAAAACAGAAAAGGAAGUGUGUCAUCCCAAGAAAUAGAUGUGCGAGGGGAAAAACUGGUUACUUCUGUAGCUGUUCCUAUCCCAGCCCUUCAAAAGACUGAGUGUACUAGUGGGCACUCAUUACAUUCAGAACAAAGCCAAGAGCAAGUGGAAGUUGAGUCAGAACAAAGACAUGGUAAUGCACAUCAUCACAUUGAAGGAGAGAGAAGUCAUAACUCUCAACAAGCAACUAAAUGUAAAAUUUCUGCCAAGGACCAGGUGCAUCAUAAUUCAACAAAUGAGUUUACUGAAACUUUACAUACUAAAGAACUAUCAAAGUCUUCUCUUUCAGGUGUUGUUAAUCCCAAACAAAAGGAACUUUUUUCUACAAAAGAAAUCAGUACACAAAAUGACACCUUUAAACAGUCUUCAAAGAAUGUAGGAUCCAGCAAACAGAAGCAAUGCCGUGCAAUUGUUGAAAAUGAAACAAGUGAUAAAGUUUUGCUUCAUUCAUCUCCAAAAGAGAAUGCAAAGCUACAAUUCCAAACUAUAACUGAGGAUGUUCACACUUCAAAAAAUGUUAAAAAUACCAUUACACUAAGCGAAGAGAGCAGUCCUCCAACAAACAUCUCCUCUAGAGAAGAUGUUAUCCAUCAGAAAUCUAUGGAUAAAGAUCUGGGAGAAGUUAUGGUGCCUUUGAGUUGUACAUCUAAAGAGAAAUCUUUUAAUUUUGAUGGUCCAUGUAUGAAAAAUACUAUUUCUGAUCAUCAAAUACCUAUGGUUAAAACAGAACAAAAGAACAUCAUUGAACUCAGUAGUAACAUAAAAUAUGGUGAUAAUACCAACAUGGAUGUAAUAAGCGCAGAUGGCAAGAGCCAUCUAAGUUGCCCAGAAGCACCUGAAGAAAAUGUGAGUUCUCUAAGUGGCAUUCAAGAAGCUGUUGUGCAAGAAAGAACUAAAAGCUCAUUGGCUGAUACUAUUAAGAAUGAGAGUUUUUGUGGCCCAGCUAUACAAGUUACACAUGUAAGUGUAGACAACUUUGCCAUAACCAUAUUGGAGGAAGGAAAGGACAGUUCAGGUCCUUCGGCAAAAAACAAUGAAGAUGCCAUCGAAGGAAAAAUUGAAACAAAGGAAAGUAAUAAUGCUUAUGAUAUAACAGAAUUAUCUUCAAGGUCAAUACCAGAAAAUGUUCCAGAAGAUAUAAACAAAGUUUCUGCAAUAGUGAAUGAAGCAGAAGGAAAAGGUGGUGAUACAAGGCCACAAAGUGAUAACAGUGUGGUAGGCAGCAGUGUAGGAGGUAGCAAUUGUGUUAGUACUUGCAGUGGCAUGGAGAUUGAUGCACUUGUUAUAGGAACAAGCACAGAGAGAACUGUUGGAAGUGCUGUAACAGCCAGUAGUACUGAAGGAGAACUACGAAAAGAAGGUGUUUCAAAUUUGCAGAGAGAACGUGAUGCCACCAUUACUUGUUCAGAAGAGAAUAGUAAGACUACUCUGAGUUGUACAAGUAUAGAAGCAGAUGAAGGUUUCAUUGUGGGCACUUGGACCAAAAAUAAGGAAGGUGUCCACUUUGAAAGAGAAAAGUGCUUUGGUGAGUGUACUGUUACAGCAGCUGAAGAAAGUGGUAGCAUUACUGAAGGCCUUUCAGUAUGUGAAAGCUCCUCAACCACUACAAAAGAGGGAGAGAGUGCUGAAUGCAUUGUGAAUUAUGCAGAAGAAGGUACUAAACAAUUUUUCAAUCAAAGUGGAAUUGAACGUGAUCAGAGUAUGAAUAGUUUUACAGUAGAAGAGAAAGAUGACGCUGUGACCAGUGCAGGCUCUGAAGAAAGAUGUAUGGCUUCUGUUUCUGGUGGAACAAGCACCUUUGGCAGUGUUGUUAUCUGCACUGGUGAACUAGAAAGUGAUGGUGCUGUAACCAGUGCAGGCACUGAAGCUCAGAAUGGAUCUAUGAUAACUGGAAAUCAAGAUGAAUGCCAAAAUAAUGCAACUGGUACUGAGCAAGUUAAAGGAGCUGAGGGUGCUGUGACAUGCACAGGUACAGUAGGAGCAAAUGUUUUCUCAGCUAUUUGUUCAGUGACUGGCACGGAUUCACAGGAAGAGGGUGUUGUAACUGGAGUAUUUGCUGAAAGUGACAAUCAUGUAGCAACUGGACCACAUGCUGACAAAAGUGAAGACAUUAUUAAUGGUGAGAGUGCUGUUACCAGUACAGGCAUAACAAGAGAAGAUGACCCUGAAGCUGCACCUGCUUGUGCUGGCCUGGAAGACAGCAAUGAAGGUUUUGCAGCAGCUUCAGAUACAGAAGAAAAAUAUAAUAAUGCCACAUUCAGCACGGAAGAUAGAACUGAAGAAAAUGUCCUGGAGUUCACUCAAAGCUCUUAUGAUGAUGAACGUUGUGUGACCAGCACAGGUGCAAAAGAAGAAGAUGAAGAAGGAGAAAAUUUUGUUACUAGUACUGGAAGAGAUAAUGAGGAAACAGAAAACACUCUAGCAUGUACAGGAACAGAUGAAAGUGAAAGAGUGCUAGUUUGUGUUGAAGCUACAGCCUCUGUCUCUCAAGCUGUGAGUCAGGCUGGAGAAAGGUUAGAUGAACUUAAUUCAAACACAGAUAAAGAUGCUGUUGGCAGCAUGAUGGACUUAGAGAAAGAAAUGACAACUGGUGACAUCAGCAACAGCACAAAGGGUGUAGUUGAGAGUAGUACUACCAGUACUGAUCCAGGAAAUCAACAUAUUAUGUCUGCUGUGGUAAGAAAAGAAGGAUCUCUACUUGCUGAGAAAUUUAAAUGUGAUAUGAUCAGUGCAACCUCAAAUACCCAAAGUAUAGAUGAACUGUCAGCUGGAGAAGGGAAAAGUGAGAGUACCACAUCUUAUUUAGAUGGUGAGGAAUGUGAAAGUUUGUUUAAGGUCAUCUCUAAAAAAGUAACUAUUCCUCAAGCAUCUGCUAAUCAAGAUGAUAAAGAUGAAGGUGAGACAAUCUCAACAAGUGUGGUCAAAGUAUGCCCAAACCCCAUACACUGUUCCACUGAAGAGCAUAGUGAGCAAAAAUCAGCACAUGAAGUUGCAAACAGAGAUGAAACCACAUGUCUAAUAGAUGCAGAAGAUUUCAGUGUUCCCAUGCCAAGCACCUCUGUUGAAUGUAUGAGACCUGGACCUGCUGUUGAAUCAAGUAAAGGUCCUACAAGUAUUUUGGAAGACUUUGAAGCUCCUAUGCCAAGUUUAACAGUGGAAGAUGACAAGAGUCUGUUUGCUGCUGUUAAAUCAGAAAUGACUACCAGCUUGGGGGUUAAUGCAGUUUCCAAUCCCAUUGUAUCUGCUGGGAGGUCUAGUGAAAGUUAUAUAGUUGAAGGCAAAGAAGAAAGAGAUGAGUGUUCUGUAAUUUCCACAAGCAUUAUUGACGAAACCGAGAUGCCCAUUUCCCAAGAAGACACUGAAAGUGAUGCUCAGCGUGUUGCCUUAAGAGUAGAACAAUCUACUGAUACAACUGUAAUCUCAACAAGUUCAACAGAAAAUGUUGAGACUUCUGUAUUUUCUACAGAAACAGACGCUGUGAAUCAGGUGCCUAGUACAGACAGGAAGCUUGAGACUUCCACUAUCACUACAACAGAAGGUUGCCACCAAGCCACCAGGGAUAACUUAGUGCCAAUUGAAGCUAAAGAGAGAAAUGGGGAUACUAUGGGAGAAACAGAAGAAUGCAAGGCUGUCCAAGAAGUAGGAAGCCAAAAAUCUGACUUACUUGUUCAAAGCACAGAGAAAAUCAACCAAAAUGAUACAGAUUUGACACAAGAGAGGACAGACUAUGAAGCUCAUCAGCUCAUUAUUGAUAACACUAAACCUGAUCAGCGCUUGGCCACCUUGAGCAUCGAGAAUCCAGGAAACAGUACAAAUAUCUCUGUCAGAACAAUGACAGAAUGUGACAGUGUCUCCACCAUUGGUGCCUCAGAAGAAUCCACACCUGUUGCCUCAGAAAAAACUCCACUUUCCUUUGCAAGCAUAGAAGUAGAGGAUGAAAAGAAAAUUGCAGUGGUCGCCAGUGAAUCUGACUGCAACAUGUUGCCAGCCCCAGAAAACAAUGAGAUCUCUUCAGCUGUGAUUCACAGAGAUAGCCAAAAAUUACAAAAAGGGGAGACUGAUGGUGCUUUGGAGGAAUCAACUCCAUCUAAGAACAGUAAUACAGAAGACAUAGAAAUUCCUUCAAAUACAGUGAAAUCUGUUAUUGGUGGGACAGAUCUUUAUUUGAAUUCCUUGGUUAGUGAUGGAUCCUCCAUGGAAGCCACCAAACAGGAAAAUGGAACCCAAGACAGUAGACAACACACUGAAGAUUCAUCAAGUCCAUCUGGUAUCCCACAGGAAAAAGAGAAAGGGAAUGAGAAUUUAGAAACAGAUGAUGUUAAUCUGAAUACAGAAUUAAAAACUGGCCUUCCUGAAACAAGGGACUCUCCCAACAAGGAAUCUUCAAUGACAUUACUACAAAAUUCUGAAGACAGAAAAGUGCUUGAUAGCAAAACAAAUUUAUGCAGUCAAUAUGGCUUGGCCAGCAAAAAUGUUAAAGUGGAAGAACAUCAUAAUCCAGAAGCAUUUUCUCAUGGGAGUAAAGUGGACAACAAUGGCAAUAAAGAGAUGCUUUCUGUUACAGCAGAAGAACUGGAAGAAAACACAAAGCUUCGAGCUGAUGAGGGUAUGAGAAAUACUGUACUUGAACAUCUCUGUGCCAAGGAUCACCCAGAAGAUAUUCUUAAAGAGCAUGACUGUUCAGAUAUUUUGGUUGUAACAGAAGCAGUAGAAGACAAAGGUCCUAAAGAAAACUCAUUACAGUUAGAAAUAUCUAAUCAGAAGGAAGAGUACUCUAUACCAGAAUCAGCCAAAAGUCCUGCUGCAGGAAACAGUGAAUCAGAUCAUGAUCCAGUGUGUCAAACUCUGGAAGAAACGGAUGAACAGACAACAGAUGUUGAAACCAAAGCGAAAAUUAAUAUGGAAGCAACCAUCAUAGACUCAGAAGAAAAGCUUGAAGCUGGUGCUAACUCUCAGGAACCUUCUUUGGAAAGUGUGAAUGAAAAAGAUGAGAAGGCUGUCAAAGUGGAUAGCUUUGGAAAGACAGAUCUGGAGUCCAAGACGAAUUCUACUGAGGUGAAUCCACCAGUUAAACGAAAAAGAGGAAGACCUCGUAAACAUCCCAUUGAGAUAAAAGUAGUGGAAGGCCAAGAAUUGGAAGCUGACACAAGCCCUGGGAAUACAAUGAAGACUUCAGGUCCUAACAGCAAACAAAAGACUACCCCAAAAGGCAAAGAUUCACUAACGGAAAAUCAGAGACAGAGUGAAACUGAAGAAGAGAAAACAGAGGUCGUUUUGAGUCGGAGAGGAAGGAAGCCCAAGCGGCCUCUUAUUCCAUCAGAGGAAACUGGCAUGGAUUCACCUGAGCCAGAUAGAAAACGUCUGAAAUUAGCACCUGCUGUUCAAGAGGAAACAAAAGACCAUGAUGGAAGGAAGGAGAGUAGUGGUGUCGGAAGGAAUGAUAAUGGUGAUAACAGUGGAAGUGAUGCUGAUGAGAUGCAUUCAGGAGCCACAACUAGGGCAGCUUCAAGAUUGGAAGCACAAAGAAAGCAGCCUAGUAAGCCAACUACACGUGCAGCGGCAAAAAAUCAAAGUCCAGAUCCAGUCCCUCCUAGAAAGCGUAAAAGGGUGGUAGACAAGAAAGAAUCAUCAGCUACUGCAAAAUCUAAUAAAUCACCCAUCUCAGCACACAUUGGAGACUUGCUUUGGUCCAUCAAGACUCUUCUCCACAUCCCAAUAUUCAAAGUUGCAGUCCCCCAGACAUAAAAAGGAAGUCCGUCCUCUGAUGUCGCACAAGAAAAGUCACCCGAGAGCAAAUGAGCCUGAGGCAAAGAAGUCCAAACGGUAGUUGUACCCCAUAUUGGACAAAUGUGGGAGAAAAAGGAAACUCUUCUCUGCUUCUGUUGGAAAUAAAACAAAAAAAGCUGAGAGGUUUGCAUGCGCUUGUUUCCUAGGUAUGGCGUAUGUCACAUAUAGAAACAGCUUGAUAAAAUAGGUGUUCAUACAGAAGACUACAUACGUUGCAGAGGUUUGCUCUGCAUCUCAAGCAGAGAUUGUCAAGAGUGACUCCAAAUGCUGAUGCUUCCAAUCCAUUCAUCACCAGUGGCCUCUUAAUGACACCUUUUUUAAAUAAGCCACGUAUUUUAAAGAGAUUGUAUUUUACUGUGUAUGAACUUAAUCAGUGGGAACACUUUAUUUAAUAGCAAAGACUGGUCUGUGAAAUGUUACAUUAUCUUAUGUUAGUCAUUUUAACUGGAUUUUUAAAUGUUGUGCAGACAUUAUUAGCAUUGCAUAGGAGGGGAGGGGGGAGAAGGAGGGAGCCUCUUUCAUCAAACUCAGCAGAGCUCCAGUAACUGACAAAGUAUUUUCUCGCAUGUGUUCAAGUCCCAUAGGGGGAACCUGGUACUUGGUUCCUCUCCAUGUCACAUUUGUGCUUUUCUGUAUAGUAAGAGUUAAAAUUGCAUUUACAAUGCUGAGUAAAUGCACUCACUUUGAAGUAUAACCUCAUCUGUAAUUUUUCUCCCAGCAUCAAAGUAGCUAGAGCAUAUUAAGGUAAAACUAGAACCUUUCAGAUGAGAACCCUUUCUAAGGUCAGAAUUGUUUCUGCUUGCAGCUGUUAAUUGUUCUCUCAGUAUUUCUCUUUCAGUUAAAACUCUGAAAUCAAUAGUAGAUAUAGGUCUUCAUCAUUUUACCUUCCAUCUUACAUUUUGUAUACUCUUAUUCAGUGAGAGCUUAGAACCUGAUCCAGGUCCAAAAUCUUUAGCAAACUUGCAUUUUACUCACAAGAACAAAUCUUCAAGUUCAGUUCCAUGUAAAGCUUUUUUUAUUAUCAAAAUUUGUCUCUUGCAAAGAUGUAAGUUGCCAAACAACCUGAGAUUAUUUUAAAAUGUUCAUAUUCAUGUUUUAUAACUAAAAUCAGCUUACGUAUUGCUUAAUUUCUUUUGCUUUUCUUAUUUGGGGACUUUUAUUGUUGUAAUGUGAAUUUUUUUGUCAAAUAUUCUACUUUGUUUCUUACCAAACUUUUAUAUAUAAAUUAUAAAAUGUUUCCCAAAACUGAAGUCUAAGUAUUUAAAUGACAAGAUUAUCUCUUAAGAAUGUUUGAUUGGUCACUUCCGAAUACCACUAAUCUUAUUAAAAGUAAAUACAAUCUUA